AUGGCGAGAUACUCUGCUGGUACCGGUGAUUGUCCUGGCUCGCCUAAAUCUGUACGAAUCGUUGUUGUUGGUGACAAGGGCACUGGAAAAUCCAGCUUGAUUGUCGCUGCAGCCACCGAUUCCUUCCCUCCCAACGUCCCUCCUGUUCUGCCUGAUACCAAGUUACCUUUCGAAUUCUUCCCUGAUGGUAUACCCGUCACCAUUGUUGACACUUCCUCGAGGCCGGAAGAUAGGAAUAAUGUUGCUGAGGAAUUGAAGCACGCAGAUGCAGUGGUUUUGACAUAUGCCUGUGAUCGACCUGAGACUCUAGAACGUUUGAGUGCAUACUGGCUUCCAGAGCUGCGGGGAUUGGAGGUAAAAGUUCCUAUUAUAGUAGCAGGGUGUAAGCUUGACCUCAGAGAGGACAAUAACCAGGUCAGCCUCGAACAAGUGAUGUCACCUAUAAUGCAGCAGUUUCGGGAGAUUGAGACAUGUAUCGAGUGCUCUGCCCUAAAGCAACUCCAGGCACAAGAAGUUUUCUACUAUGCACAGAAAACUGUUCUUCACCCAACAGGACCUCUGUUCGAUCAAGAAUCCCAAGCAUUGAAGCCACGGUGUGUAAGGGCCUUGAAGCGUAUCUUUAUACUCUGUGACCAUGACAGAGAUGGUGCUCUUAGCGAGGCGGAGUUAAAUGAUUUUCAGGUCAAGUGCUUCCAUGCACCAUUGCAGCCUUCUGAAAUUGAAGGUGUUAAGAGGGUCGUGCAAGAAAAGUUGCCAGAAGGUGUGAAUGAAAGAGGACUGACCGUGACUGGCUUCCUGUUUUUACAUGCACUUUUUAUUGAGAAAGGGAGGCUUGAGACAACGUGGACUGUACUUAGGAAGUUUGGGUAUAACAAUGAUAUAAGACUUGCUGAUGAGUUGCUUCCGUCAUCAUUAUUCAAGCGAGCGCCCGAUCAGACUGUUGAGCUGACAACUGCGGCAAUCGAUUUCCUGAAAGGGAUGUAUAUGUCGUUUGAUGACGACGGGGAUAAUAAUCUGAGACCUCAAGAGAUUGAGGAUCUUUUUUCAACUGCACCUGAAAGUCCUUGGAAGGAAGCACCUUAUGAGGAUGCUGCGGAGAAAACUGCCCUUGGAGGACUAUCUUUUGAUGCUUUCCUUUCACUGUGGUCAUUGAUGACACUAUUAGAACCGGCACGGAGUGUGGAACAUUUGAUAUACAUUGGAUUCCCCGGUGAUCCAUCUUCUGCCAUUCGUGUUACUAGGAGAAGACGUUUAGAUCGCAAAAAGCAACAGUGUGAAAGAAAAGUUUUCCAGUGCUUUGUUUUUGGACCCAAUAACGCUGGAAAAUCUGCAUUGCUGAAUUGCUUUCUUGGAAGGUCAUAUGCUGAUAACCAUGGAUCAACUGCUGAUGAGCGCUAUGCAGUAAAUAUGGUCGAUGAAUCUGGGGGUGCAAAGAAAACUCUUGUCAUGAGGGAAAUUCCAGAAGAUGGGGUUAAAGGGCUAUUUUCAUCCAAGGAAUCCUUGGCUGCAUGUGACAUAGCUGUCUUUGUGUAUGACAGUUCUGAUGAGUCCUCAUGGAAGAGAGCGACUGAGUUGCUUGUAGAAGUUGCAACUCACGCUGAAGCUACUGGAUAUGAGGUUCCUUGCCUCAUGGUUUCAGCAAAAGAUGAUCUUGAAUCAUUUCCAAUUUCGAUACAAGAAUCUACCAGGGUAACACAAGAUAUGGGAAUAGAGCCUCCGGUAUCCAUCAGCUCCAAAUUGGGGGAUUUCAACAACUUAUUCCGCAAAAUCUUAACUGCAGCACAACAUCCUCAUCUGAGUAUUCCAGAGACCGAAGCAGGAAAAAGCCGCAAACAUUACAACAGGCUAAUCAACCGCUCUCUUAUGGCUGUUUCGAUUGGAGCUGCUGCUGUGGUCGUUGGGCUGGCUGUAUACCGUGUGUAUGCCACAAGAAAGAACGCUUCUUCCUGA